GCGAAACAAACAUGGCGACAGAGUGCAGUGGACAGGGGUAUAUCCUAACUUUAGUGGUUUUCUUCUGGAGCGUUGUUGUCGGACGACCGGAGGCUGCAGUGACGGGCGUGAGCAGCAGUCGCGUCCUGGGUAUGAGGCUGGAGAGGAGCGACAAGCCGGCGACCACCACCGAUGACGGUGUCAUCCAGGUAACCGAGCAGAGCAGCGUCCAGCUCAGGUUUUACGGGGUGCAGAUGAACUCUGGCACCUGGUCACAGAUCAGGUUCAUGGAGCACGGGGACCGGGAUGGCGGCGCCGGCGAUGACAGCUCCAACAGGACUUGCUCUGAUUUCACCAAAGACUUCAGCAUCAGCAAUUACAUGAACGUCAGCAAUGGGGGCACGUCGGGGCUGAUCGGCGUGCAGAUCAAACCGCUCCGCAAAAGCGAACCGGCGAAGGACUACAGCCUGUGCGUCAGACGGAGUCCGGAAGACAAGUGGUACUUGCUGGGGGAUAACGACGGCAGACUCCGCGUGGUGGAGGAGAAGAAGUCGCUCCUGCCGCUCUGGCUGCAGGUGAUGCUCAUAAUGUGUCUGCUGGUGCUGUCCGGUAUGUUCAGCGGACUUAACCUCGGGCUCAUGGCUCUGGAUCCCAUGGAGCUGCGCAUCGUGCAGAGCUGCGGCACUGAGAAGGAGAAGAGGGAUGCUCGCAAGAUCGAGCCCAUCCGCAGGAAAGGGAACUACCUGCUCUGCUCGCUCCUACUGGGAAACGUACUGGUGAACACCACGCUCACCAUCCUGCUGGACGAUCUGAUCGGCUCCGGCCUCGGUGCUGUGGUCGCAUCCACCAUCGGCAUCGUCAUCUUCGGCGAGAUCGUGCCGCAGGCGCUGUGCUCUCGCCACGGGCUGGCGGUGGGGGCUAACACCAUCUUAGUGACCAAGUUCUUCAUGUUCCUCACCUUCCCCCUGUCCUAUCCGAUUAGCAAGUUGCUGGACUGCGUGCUCGGCAAAGAGAUAGGCACCGUGUAUAACCGGGAGAAGCUGGUGGAGAUGCUUAAGGUGACAGAGCCGUACAAUGACUUGGUGAAAGAGGAGCUGAACAUGAUCCAGGGCGCCCUAGAGCUUCGGACCAAGACGGUGGAGGAUAUCAUGACCCCGCUGAGCCACUGCUUCAUGAUAAACACCGAUGCUGUUUUAGAUUUCAACACUAUGUCGGAGAUCAUGGAAAGCGGCUACACGCGGAUCCCGGUUUAUGACGAUGAGCGCUCCAACAUCGUUGAUAUCCUCUAUGUCAAAGAUCUAGCUUUCGUCGAUUCGGACGAUAGCACGACACUAAAGACCAUAACCAAGUUUUACAACCACCCUGUCCACUUCGUUUUCCACGACACUAAGCUGGAUGCCAUGCUGGAGGAGUUCAAGAAAGGUAAAUCCCACCUGGCCAUCGUGCAGAAGGUUAACAACGAGGGUGAGGGUGACCCCUUCUACGAGGUGCUGGGCCUGGUCACGCUGGAGGACGUCAUCGAGGAGAUCAUCAAGUCGGAGAUCCUGGACGAGUCUGACCUCUACACCGAUAACCGGAACAGGAAGAAAGUGGCUAACAGCAAGAACAAGCGGGACUUUUCUGCCUUCAAGCAAGAGAGCGAGUCCAAAGUCAAGAUCUCCCCUCAACUGCUGCUGGCCGCACAUCGCUUCUUGGCUACAGAGGUGAGCUUGUUCAGCCCCACGCUGAUCUCCGAGAAGGUGCUCCUGCGAAUCCUGAAGCAUCCGGGUGUCAUCCAGGAGAUCAGGUUCAGUGAGAGCAGCAAGCACGCACCACACCACUACGUGUACCAGAGAGGCAAGGCGGUCGACUACUUUGUCCUCAUCCUGCAGGGCCGGGUCGAGGUGGAGGCUGGCAAUGAGAACAUGAAGUUUGAGACAGGUCCCUUCUCCUUCUAUGGGGUCAUGGCCCUCAGCUCCCAGAGCCAGGUCGUGUCCCCCUCCCUUUCUCCCUUAGUCAUCUCGCCUCGCCCCCGAUAUCUCUCGUUAAAGAGGUUCUCUUUGUUCUCACGCUUUCCAGAGCCUCGUUCGCCGUCCCUCUUCGGCGGCCUGAACCGCUCAGCGUCCCUCAGCUGCGCAGAGCGCUCCGACUCCCUGUCCGUCAGCGGCAGCAACACUCAGCUCAGUGGCGCCCCCUCGCCGCAGUACAUCCCUGACUUCUACGUGCGCGCCCUCACAGACCUGCAGUUCGUCAAGAUCACUCGCGCGCAGUACCAGAAUGGCCUGAUGGCAUCCCGCCUGGACAGCACCCCCCAGUCUCCGGACAGCGGGCACAAGCAGCUGGACCCUCUGCCCUCAACGCCAGUCCCGCAACCCCCCAACUCAACCCCCGGCAACGGCUCGGAUGAGACCACGUCCCUGCUGAACGACCAGAACUGCCUGUCUGGGUGCCAGCCAAACCAUACCACCGAACACACACCUCCACCCGCACCCACACCUCCACCCGCACCCACACCUCCACCCGCAUCCGCCCAUGGCUACGGCCAAGCACACACACAGGGCUCCAUGUGACCGCAGGAUCACACUUCCGGGGCCCAGCGACAAGGCCUCACAUCUCCCUGAACCAUACUCUACUCCACACUCAGCACACACCCAGAAAGACGGGGGUCCAUCGGGCAGAGUAAACCAGAGACACACAAGCAGUCUUAUUCCAGAAGAUACCAUCUUACUCCAGCACCUCCAGCCCGGCCUGCUUCUCAUGUCCUGCUGGGAUGGACAGCCUGGUGUGUGUGCGUGCACGUGUGUAUGUCUGUGAAUGAAAGAGAGAGAGAGGGAGAGAGGGGGCGAGAGAGAGAGGGAGAGAGAGAGAGGGAGAGAGAGCGUAUGUGUAUUUAUUGGGGUCACUCUUAUUGUCUCUUCUUAGCAUGAAAUAGAAAAUAAGGGAACUGAUGUGAAGCUGCAUUUGAUCUUGUUACUUUGACCCCCACACUGCAGUUCUCAGUAGAUAUAAUUUCCUGGGUUUUAUGCAAAAAAUGGGCAGGAGAAGCAUCAGUGAUCUGCCUCACAGAGGGAACGGGGGGGGGGGGGGGGGGUUCCCCUGUCCGUCUUUUCAUAACUUUUCUGCUGCCUCUUCAGCCUGUUUUGUAUGCUGGACGACUGCUGGCCAAAGGGGAUGGGGGGGGCUGCGCCAGUCCCUCCGGCCAUGUGACUCAGGGAGACUGAACGGUAGCCAUCCAUAAACAGGCGGCAGUGAGCAGGAAAAGAAGUUUGUUCCAAAACAUGUUUAGUGGAAAACAGUGCAAUUUAUUCUUAUAUGUAGGGAAAAGAACGAUAUUUAUGUUCCGAACGUCUCCACGUACAUCACUGUAUGGGGCCACGGCACUCUGACGUGAGACAAGCCAUGGUUUUUAGCGCUCUCCUAAUCUAAAGUGAUCUCCACUGAUCACUAACCGUGCGUCCCUGGUGGGAGGGAAGGAGGUAAACUUAAACGGCAUAUGAAUGAGUGCCGGUUGCCGAGGAUACCGAAACUAUCAGGGUACAUUCUGGGUUGUCACUUCCUAGAGUGGCGGCCCACCUUGGGAGCCAAUCAGCUUCCAGAUCUGGACGCAUGGGCCCUUUAAGGUCUGGCUUUAGGACUGGCUACUGGGGUGGAUCUGUACAUUCAAUGUAGAGAAUAUGUACAUCCAGUCAGAAACUAUAUAUAAAUUAUACAUAAUUGUUUUUUAUUAUUUUGCAUACUAUUUACUUUGUACAUUUUUGAUUUUUUUUUUUUAUAUAAUUGUUCUGUCAGUUUUUUGUAACUGUCUGUAAAGCACCAGAUGUUAUUUAUCAUUUAAAGGUUCUUCCGGAGGGAGCAUCCUGUGGAGCAGGACCAGUGCCCUGUUGGUGGGGACUGCGUCCAGUUCAAUGUGGAGAUGCAUUCCACGGUAUCGGCCCUGACGGCCAGCUCCCUCUCAGGCCUUCCAUCUCAGCGACGUGGAGGCGUCUCUUAGUCAUGUAGCAGUAUUUAUAACUUCAACGACGUAUUUAUUAAGAGGGAAGAGUUUAUUUAUUAAUUAAAUUAUUAUUAAUCUGGAAUCAGGGAAAGAAGAGGCACACGCAGGGCAGCUAAUCCUGGGUCCUUCCAGUCCACGAGCCCUGAGCCAAUCCGGCCUCUUUGAUAAUGGUGAAUGGGUGGGCUUCUCCUGAAGAUGACCCUGAUUCACAACCACUGUGAGACUGUAUACCAAAUCCCCCCCCCCCUUCACAUGAAGGUAGCCAGGCCUGUUUGGUAGAGAGUGGUCACAACCAUCACAGAUUAAUCAUAAUAGCUUUUCCAAAAAUACAUUCCACAUGUUGUAUGGUCCCAUAUAUGGUACUGCGGGCAUAAAUCAAAUUCAAUUAACAUGGGAUUCUCCAUCAGAGGAUAUGAGAAUGAUCAUCUCUCUUUGCAGAUGGUCUUGGUUACCAAAUGCCAUUUCAGUGGCAGUAAAGUUGUACAUGUUGAUCAUGGAAUUGAACUGGAGUUGGUGGUUCUCUGGAAGGACAUUAAAGCCACACAGCAUGUUUUUUUUCUUCCAACGUUCAACCAGUUCAUAUGGGAGGUAGUGAUGUUUUUUGUUAUGUUAACUUCUUUUUUUAAUAUUACUUGAAAAUCAUUCAGGAGGCUAGAGCCCAUGGUAAAUUAGCGCAUACCAUAGUAAGCUUAAUCCAGAGGUAUGUGCGGCUCAGUUACUCCAUUCCAGAAGGAACAAUCUGUCCUACCUUCUGACAAGUUGGCUUCACGCUACAUCCUGCUGUUUAACUGGUUUGCAGCUUAGUAAUGAGCAAAAUACUGGCCAGCCUGCGUUUCCAAGUAAACUAUUGCAAUCCAUUACAGACAUGGAGGUUGGACGAGCUGCUGAGCAGUUUGGACCAUGACAAGGACUUUCUUGACUGACACGAAAAAGAUCAUCUGAUGUAUUUCAGCAGAUACCUGGAGUGCAAAAAUGCAUCAUUCUGUAUUGCUGAUAGCUUGGUAUUAAAAACAAAGACCUGUAAAAAUGGACUUUGGGGGGGGAAAUAGUUAAAACCACCUCUGCAUGGUUCAGUAAAUGUUAUUUUUAUUGCCAUAUGUCCUAAGGAGCCGAACUGAGUAGCAAUAAAUAAAAUGUAUUUUUAUGUUUGUAUAAGUGUAUUUUUGCAGGCCACACAGGUGGCAUUUGGACAGCGAGCACUUCAAACUCAGCGCAGACCAAUCGAAGAAUUAAAAGUACCAAUUCCUUUUUUCAGUACUUGCACAAAUGUUUAGUUAACGUUACACAAAACAAAAAUAUGAGAUAUUCUGAAAAAAGAAUUGUGUCUCAGUUUUAUCCAUGCAUUUGAGGUGCUCAUGGGGGGGGGGGGGGGGGCAGAUUUGUUACGGCCCUCAUUGUGUACAGUUAGCCUAUGGACUGCUGGCUUAGUCCAAGGUGAAUGACUCUCCUGGUGUUUGAAAUAUUGAAAUCCCCCCCCCCCCCCCCCCGGCGCGAUAAGCAGCUUUUCAUCCCCAAAACUUUAAACCCUAGAAACACUGUGACAUGGAUGCUUACAGCCCUUAGCUUCUGCAGUGGCAGAGUUUGGUGAGCUUGCUUUGAUAAUUAUACACCAGUUUUGGAGAGCGGCAUCCGUAGAACUGCUAAGGGUGCCAAGCAUCAUGCCAUCCCUGUCAUGUCAGUAGAGAUCUGGUUCCCAGUAACGGGUCUGUGCUUUGACUUCCGUCUCUGCCUAGGUCCAGGGUUUAAUCGCACUCCUUUUAAGACUCAGGAGUCUCCAGCUCCGGUCCUGGAGAGCUACUGUCCAGCAGGUUUU